AGUUUUGUAAAGAGAUCGGAGCCAAGAUCCAGGCCAGUUCGUUUUGCACCUUCAAGGAGGUCUGACUAUUCUAACGAAAAAACCAGGUUUUUCGGACUAACAACCGGGUAUUAGUAAAUUUCUUUUUUACCGCCGCAUGGCGGUUCGUGCGAAAUGGAAAAUUUGAUUCCCAAUAUACGCAAACUUGGUAAACAACCCAUUCUUCGCCGAAAGAGUAAACAUGUUCCAUUAGCUGACAGAGCCUGUUUAGAGAGAGUUCUCGGCUUGACGGUCACAAACGGCGCCUGUCUAGCGGCUGCUUGCGACGAUGGACAGCUGGCGUACACUGCUGGUUGCGUUCUGGUUUUAUAUGACUCAAAAACGGAUGCACAAAGACACGUUAUUAAUCAUGCACGAAAAAUUUUGACCUGCGUUGCUUUCAGUCCAGACGGACGAAAUUUGGCUACAGGCGAAAGUGGCCAUGAUCCUCAUGCUCGCGUCUGGUCAAAAGCGGAUCUACAAUGUGUCGCUUCUCUUGGCCCUCUCCAUAAGUUUAGCAUUAACUGUGUUGUGUGGGCAGGUAACGAUAUGCUAGUUUCAGUUGGAUCCCAGAACGAUCAGCUGGUUACCGUCUGGCAAUGGCAAACAGGUAAAGAAAUAGCCUCUAACAAGGUCGCUUCAAGGGUGGUCGACGCCGCUGUGCACGAUAACACUCUUGUAACUGUAGGAUCUAGGCACGUAAAGUUCUGGUAUUUAGGAGAUGGUACCCGAGCAGAAAAGAAGGUAUUGUACGGUCGAAAUGCUCUUUUAGGAGAUGUAAAAGAUAAUCACUUUGUUGGUGUUCGAUGGAAUGGUCCUUCCACAGUUUUCGUUCUUACGAAAUCUGCCAAAUUUUGUCAAAUUGACGCUAUCAAGAGAAUUAUUGUUAAAUGGGUUGAUGUUCGCGCAUCUUCAGGACUUUGCUUAGAUAUAAAUGACCAAUGUGCUUAUGUUGGUUGUAACGAUGGCAUUGUAAGGGUGUUCAGCUGCGAUCUAAACUUUAUAUGUACUUUACCAAGCCCCCAUCCUCUAGACGUUGACGUUGCCUCAAAAAUACCAAUUCAAACUAGUGAUAAAUAUCCGGACGCAAUUGCAGUUCGACAGCAUAUUGUCAGAGAGAAUGGAGAAAAACGUCGGCUAGUGAGUGUUGUCUAUAAGGACAGAAGUUUAUAUGUUUGGGAUAUGUCAGAUAUGAGACGAGGGGUUGGAAAGAAAAGGUCUCAUCUCUUUCACUCUGCAGCAGUAAAUGGCAUAGAUGUAUAUAAUUCAAGUUUUUAUACUGUCUCCGGUGAUGGAACUUUAAGAGUUUGGACUCUUGACUCGAUGUGUGCAUCACAAAAUAUAUAUAGUAAACAUUUAUUGAAAAUAGUACGUGUUCUACCUGAAUCAGAAGGUGCAGCUAAAACUAUUGCUUUUGCUGAAGAUGGACUUCAGGUAGCUGUCGGAGAUAAAGUUGGUAAUAUUCAUAUAUACGAUACUAAGAGUUGGGAAAAAGUAACCUCAUUAGAAGCUCAUGACUCAGAAGUUCUUGCACUAAGCUUUGUAAACCAUAAGGGUUUACGGCUGCUGGCUUCAGGAUCACGUGACAGAAUGCUCCAUGUCUUCCAUAGAGAUCAAAACUACGGUUUAGUAGCCACUCAAAUAGAUCACUCAGCUGCUGUUCAAGGUGUCUUAUGGGCAAAGUGUGGAGAUGAAUUAAAAUUAAUCUCUUGCUCAGCAGAUCGUUCUCUUUUAUUUAGAACAUUGAAUGUUGACAAACAGACGGGAACAAUUGAUUUUACUUUAGAUAAAUAUGAAGCUGGAAAAGCAACUUUCUACAACCUGCAGUUAGACAGUAAUAAAAACCACUUGUUGGCUGCCUGCAAUGAUAGAACUAUCAGAGUUUAUAGCAUUAGAAGUGGCAAAUUGAAAAGAAGCUUGAAAGUAGCAGACGAUUGCUCAUCAGUUACGCGUCUACAAACGGACAAGGGAACUUGUAGUGUUAUGGCUGUUGUUACAGGUGAUAAAACUGUAGAAUUACGAGAUUCCCAUACGGGAGAAUGUUGGGCUGUAUUGUGCGGUCACGCAGAACAAGUUUCAGACGUUGCAUUCUUACCAGACAAUAAGCGCCUUGUCACGGUUGGUGCCGACGGAGUUAUCUUAGUGUGGACUUUACCAACAGAAGUCUCACAUACACUAAGAUCGAAAUCAUUAAAAGCGAAAAAGUCGCCUAUAUCAAACAAAAAUGAGAUAGCCUCUCCUUCAGGUAGAUUAAUGCCGAAUAUUGACGAAGUUCUCGCUUCCCUCUCUCCAAAAGUUAUUUUAAAACCAGAAGAUCCUAGUAGUGCAGUUUUACCAUCUUGGGCACAAAGAGCUGUCGAUAAUAAUGCAACUGGAACUCCUCGAUCAAAAUGGAAAAGAAAUAGUGAACCUAUUAGACCAGCAUCUGCCCCUAUAGUAGUGGCUGAUAGCGGAAGUGACGAUGACAGCGAAUCUGAAUCAAUAGAUGUCCCGGAGAUGCAUUCGUCCGAAUCUGACGAUGCUGUAGAGGUAGAAACAGUUGAUGAUAAUGAAGUAGUAUAUCUACCUCAAAGAUCAGAUUCUGCUAAGUAUGAUGUUCAUUCAAAUUCUCCUGACGCAGAAACUUUUAAUAGUGACGACUCUGCUCCGUCUACCCCUUCUUCGUUGCUACCACCUCCCAGGGAGCAACAGGAAGACACUCCUCUUGAUCCAUCAAGAUUAAGUAUCUCAGCUCGUGUUCUAUUAGCUGCCUCCCAGGCAAAUAAUGCUCAACAAUCACCUCCAUCACCUACAAAUAAGCCUACUGCUGCUCGUCGAAGGUCAGUGAAUAACAGUAAACAAUCUUCCUAUGCAGCACCAACUUCUGCUUCACUUCAAAAGUCUUCACGCUCAGGAAGCACCAUGUCAGUUAAUAAAACUUCAACAAUGACUUCUAGACGGAGGUCUCGAGGAACUGGCGAUGGUUCUGCUACGGUUACCGCAGCUAAAUCCACCCCAAAUUUGUUUGACGCUGUUGAGGCAGAGAAGGAUGACAAAGCCCUCAGCGCACAACGGUAUGACUCUUUCGUGAAAAAAGCAUUAGCUACAACCAGGCGAGAAGUAUCCAUUGAAGAAACGAAAGAAAUGCUCAAGAAAAGGUCAAUACAACCCGCUCGAGGACCUCUGGCAGCUGCUCGAAAGCCUAUGAGCACUGGCCAAGCGGAUGAACCCCGAGAGGGCGAACCAGAUGACCCUGCACCUAUUCAAUUGACACCUCCAUCAACAAGCUCAACAAAUUCGAGUACUAGUCCAUCACCCAUUAAAGCACCAUUAAGCGGAGACUCUUCAAAAACAUUCCGACCAUUAUCAAUUUGGGCUUCAAACUCGUCACCUAGUAAUUCUGACAGAAAUACACCGAAUGGGGACUCAUCCCCACCGAAAACUUAUUCUGCAUGGAGAACUAGAAAUAAAGAUGAAUCGCCCACCAAACACAGAGUUUACAGUUGGAAAAAUUCGGAUGACGAAACUAACGACUCUGACUCAGUUAAAAGGAUAGUAACUAAUAGUGUAGUCUCAAAUUCUCCAGCUUCUGUUAUGGUUACUAAAAGUGAAACGAAUGAAACUGUAGAUAAAUCGAAAUUUAUUACGUUUAAUCGUGGUAGUACCGGCAGCGCCAGCCUAUCAUCCCCUCAAAAAAACUUGAGCAAUAACGUUACGAAACCUGAUUUACCAAAUACAUCGUUUGUAUCUUGCAGAAGUAGUCUAUCUUUGGAAGGAGAAGAGGCAGCGGCAGAAGGAGAUAAUGAUGAUGACGAUGAUGACGAUGGUGAUGUCAUUAUUGAAAAGAGUCCCCCACUGCCUAGUACCCCUGUCCCUCUUAGGAAGAUAACUUCAGAAAGUUUGAAAGAUGCAAUGAAUCUAAUAGAACGUGCCAUCGAUUUCUGUAAAGACGAUAAAAAGGAAGAAGUUGAAAGUCGAACGCGAAUGAAAGGCGUUUUAAAAUUAAUUAGUACUAAAUUAUACAGAGAAGGCUUUUGCUCAGAUAUUCAAAUAGUGAACGACAAACUAAACGCAAUAGAAUUGAUGUGUUCGGAUUUAAAGAAAGAGUUAGUACUGCCAAAUGACUGA